AUGGAAUUUUUCUUCAAAUUUGAAGGUGUUUUUCAUACAGAAAAUGCACCAGAAUGCAAAGAAUUAACACAGAAAUGUACCAAUGAAAUUAUUAAUACAAUGAGAGAUUGUAACAAUCCAGACAUUGAACCAUCUCAAAUGUCUGAAAUGCUAUUAAAAAAGAAAGACCUGACAUCAAAUUUAAAAAAGUUAGUUAAAUUUAUGAAAGGAGAAGUAGAAGUAAUUCAAGACCCUGAUGAACAGAAAGGGUCAAUAGAAGUUUAUAAAGAAACAAAAAAACUAGUUAAAGAACUAAUUGAGUUACAACAAUUAACCGAACUUGAUGGAGAAGGAAUCAAAAAGUUCUGUACUGGAAUGGUUGAUGUUAUAAAACACGUUUUAGAUAUUGUUAUUUUAACAGAUAAAUGGUCAAUUAAAAUCUCUCUUGAUUAUAUUGACCAAAUUUAUAAAAGUAUGAUUAAUGCAGUAAAAUCAUUUAAAGAAUUAGGUCCUUUAGAUAAAAAGGAAUUAACUAAUUUAUAUAAUAAUGCUGGAUUUUUAACUAAUUCUAUUGCUCAAUUUACUUCAACUAGAGCUUGUGUAUAUCCAGAUGAACGUUCUGAAAGAAUGAAAGAAGACUCUAUUGCUUUAAGACCUUCAUUUGAUAAUUUUUUAAAAUUUGUUAGUGGAGUUUCUGAUGAUAAAACAUCAGUAACUCAUUUUAAACAAAUACUAAUGGAAAUAAAAGAUAUGUUAAAAGAUCCUGCACAAUUCUCUGCAUCCAUUGACGUCACUCAAAAAGAUAAUCUUGAAGAUGUAUAUAAUAACUUCAAAGACGUCAUUGAUGAUCCUACUCUUCCUGACGAUGAUAAAGAUUCUGCUUCUUUGGCUCUUUUAGAAGGUUUUGAAGGAAGGGCUAUUGCUAAUUUACAUAGCACUGAUCCAAGACGUGCACGUGCUGCUACUGCUGUUGUUAAAAAAGUAAGAGAAAACAAAGUUGGAAAAAGAAAAAAAGAAAUGCUUAUGGUUGCUCGUUCUUUAGCAAAAGAUAUGAAAGCAAUUUGUGAUCAUUUAGAACCAUUAGACAAUACAGUCAAUAAAGAAAUGAAUGUUGUUACUGAUGAGUUGCUUGGUAACCUUUGUGAUAAAUUAAGUACUUACUAA